AGACGUGACGUCACUAACCAGAAAAGCCGACAGCGACAACCUCGCAUCAAAAACAGGCAGCUAAGUUGUGCUAGCUAGCCCCCCUAUCUAACGGCAGACAGUUGGCCCACAGCUGGCUGAUCGUCACUUCAACUUUUGAGAAACAAGUUUAACAACAACACGAGCUGGUGAGCGCGGUGAGGCAGGCCAACUUCCCCCCUCCCCAGAAGUCAUGGCGUGUGGAGCCACUUUGAAGAGGACCAUGGAUUUCGAUCCGCUCAUGAGUCCUACAUCCCCCAAAAGACGAAGAUGCAUCCCCGUGUCCCCGUCAUCCUCAUCCCCUAGGAAAUAUCUCAGCAUGGAGCCUUCGCCAUUCGGGGAGUCUUCAUCAAGACUUAGUGCAGAACAAAUCCUCAACAGCAUCAAACAGGAGUACAAACGCAUUCAAAAGAGAAAGCAUCUAGAUGGAGGCUACCAACAGUCAGAGUGCUGCUAUUCGCCAGAAUCCCCAUCCCAGUCGUCUACUAUGAAUGCUUCCAGCAUGGCAGGAACAUCCUCUGGAGGCGUCUCUCCAUCUAGAAAAGAACAGCCAUUAUUCACCCUCAGACAAGUUGGAAUGAUCUGCGAACGCCUGCUGAAAGAAAGGGAAGAGAAGGUUCGGGAGGAAUACGAGGAGACCAUGACUUCAAAGUUGGCCGAACAAUAUGACACCUUUGUGAAGUUCACACACGAUCAGUUAAUGCGACGAUUUGGGGAGCAACCUGCAAGCUAUGUUUCCUGAGUGUGGCACAGAAUUUUUGCAAGACGGCCUUCCCACGCUGCAAGCUAUCACGUGAUAUCUCGAGGAAGAGAAGCGAAAAAAAACUCAUCAUUGUAAGAGAUUAACUUUAGCUAGUUUAAAGGAAACUUUUCUUACUGUGCCAUAUAUCUGUCUUUGGGCAAAGGUUUAUAUGAAGCUGUUGUCAGUUGUUACCACUCUGUUGUAAGCAACUAGGUGCUUCCUCAUGUAAAUGGACCCUAUUUCUACCAGUGGCCUACGUUCCUCCAGCUGUACGUGUAUCUACAGUUAUCUCACUUUUGUAAUGAUUCCCAGCAUUCCAGGCUUUGUCACUUGUUUCUGUUUUGUUACAUGUAAAUACAAUAAAGCAGGCAUUGAGUUUUACACAAGGUUGGCAGGUCGGUCUGAAAGAAUGUGGAAGAAACGCAAGUUUGAACAGAAAGAGUAUGUUUGCUGUUUGUUCACUGCUUUUUAAACUGAGCAUAAAGUGGGCUAAUUUGCUCCCACCCCCUCCCACCACCAGUGUUUUAUUUAUUGAGUUUUGUUCUGCUGGUAUCACUUUGAAACCAAUGUACUUAUUAAAAACAAUAAACAUCUUUUAAGAGUUGAAAA